AUGUACACAAUGUUUGCAUCAUCAACCAAUGGCAUCAAUGUUGUGAAGUUGAGGAGCUCCGAUCAUAAGAUCUUCAUCAUGGACGAGGCUAUGGCGGUGAAGUCUAAAACCAUUAAGGACAUGUUUGAAGAUUGCAUGGACGAUGAUUUGAUUCCAAUCCCCAACAUCAAUGUGAAGACGCUUUGUAGGAUCAUAAAGCGGUGCAAGAAUCAUACAGACAAUAAGAUCACCAUUGAAAAGCUCAAAAAGUUGGACGAUGAGUUGGUCCCAAUCAACCCGGACAUUCUUUAUGAUCUCAUUCCGGCAGCAAACUAUUUGAAUAUCAAAGAUCUGCUAGAUCAAGGGAUUCAAAGAGCUGCCAACAUGAUGAAAAGCAAGUCUCCCAAGGAAAUUCAUCUGAUUUGUAACAUUCAAAAUGAUUUUACUUAUUAA